AUGUCUUCGUAUGAGAGUGUAUCGAACGUAUCGUCACUGGUAUAUGAUGCUAAUCAAACAGUUGUAAACACAACAAGUGCAGCAGAUAUUUUGAGACCAACUGAAGCAAUUCUCAUUGGUUUCCAUCUUGGUGAAGUUAUCAGUAUUGUUUGCAUUGUAUUUGGUACUGUUGGUAAUACAGCACUCCUUUUGGCCAUUUAUCAUUCAUCAUUUUGUCGUUUUCCAUACGGUUUACUUCUUAUUUUCAUCGCUGUAUUCGACAUUGUUCGUCUAUUUUCGGUUAUUGUUUAUUAUCUUCUACAAGCAGAUAUCAUUCCAAUAAAUACAGUCAUUUCAACUGUAUAUAUCGUGUUUUAUCGUUAUGGGAAAAUCGUGACGAAUUGGUUGAAAGUUGUCCUCGCUAUCGAACGAUUGAUAACUAUCAAAUACUGGUCAGUAAAUCGCUACAGUGUUCAUUCAAAGAAAAUGACGAUUGAUCAACGUUUGAAACAACGGCGAAUAUUAUUUUUAAUCGUACUUUUACUCAUCUGUGCUCUCAUCAGUCAACAUGUGAAUUUCAUUCCGAGUCGUUAUAUCAAAUCAUACAUCGAUCCGGUUCGAUUAUUCUUAAUAAAUGUGCCUAAUCCAAACUUUUACUAUGGUCCUCAUAUUUAUAAUCCCGCGCUACUAAUGAUUAUAAGUUACAUUUUAAUUGAUGAUGUUUUACCGGUAACAGCAUUGCUGGUAUGUAAUACGAUUCUCUUUUACAAGUUACGGCAUUUACCGUUGAUUGCCAGUCGAAAGAUAGUUGAAUCCAUUUGGAUCCUCUUCUUUCUAACAAUUUUCUCAGUUUUCGUCGUGCCACGUUCAUUUAUCAUCCUAUGGAAUCUUUACAUGAACUCGAAACAUGUUAAUGACUCGAUUAUAUCCUUCAUUACACAUAUAUUUCAAGGCUUAGAAAUGAUGAACAAUGCCAUUACUGGAUACGCUUGUUUUCUUAGCUGUCAAAUCUUACGGAAAGCUCUCCUUGAAAUGCUUCAAAUAGCAAAACAAUCUGUUCGAAACAAAUUCUGUUCAAAGAAACACCGGUCAGCUGCGUACACAGUCGAACAAUCCAAAGUUUCUGUAAACCAUAGCUAA